AUGGAUCUCGAUAGCCGCAUUAAAGCUUAUCGUUUUGUCGCCUAUUCAGCAGUGGCGUUCUCAGCUGUUUCGGUACUUGCUGUUUGCUUUGCUCUACCACUGAUUUCAUUCAACUUAUUCUAUAAAGAUUCAAACCACUUUUUUUCUCAUCUUAAGUUUCAAAAUCGUCAAGUCAAAAUCCUUACGCAAAAUUUUUUACAGAAUGCAGCUAGAGAUAUUUGGUCUGAGGUACAUGACCUAAAAAAAAUUCCAAUAAGUAGAAAUCGCACUACCCGUCAAGCAGGCUAUGAAUUUGGGGUUGACAGCACGGGGCCACAAACCCAGAGCACUGAUGGCACUUGUCAAGAAUGCUGCGUACCAGGACCAUCUGGACCGCCAGGAACUCCUGGUAGACCUGGUUUGCCAGGCAAGCCUGGAACACCUGGAUUGCCUGGAAGUCCAGGAAAGCCUCCAGUCCAUAUCUGCGAACCACAAACACCGCCACCUUGCAAACCUUGCCCAGCCGGUCCGCCUGGCUCAGAAGGACCAGCAGGAGAACCGGGAGAGCCUGGACCAGAUGGAAUUCCAGGAGCUGAUGGCAGAGAAGGACAGCCAGGACUAAACGGCUCACAAGGACCCCAAGGAGAACCUGGACAACCAGGUUUCGUUGGUGCACCUGGCCUUCCAGGCAGAGAUGCUCCAACUGGUACAAUUCUUCCAGGACCACCAGGACCGGCAGGCGCACAAGGACCUCAAGGUUCCACAGGUAAACUAGGAAAAGAUGGGGCUCCAGGACCUCAGGGACCUAAAGGUAUUUCUGGCCCAGUAGGAGAACAAGGUCCUGCUGGAGCACUUGGUAAAACUGGUCCAACAGGUCCGACAGGAUCUCCAGGAGAACGUGGCAUUUGUCCUAAAUACUGCGCAUUGGACGGAGGAAUCUUCUUUGAGGAUGGUACCCGUCGCUGA